CCCGACCCCAAGCACAAAAGAACUUUUUUUUUUUUUCAACUCUUUUUCCACCUGUAAAUACAUUACACAUAAACCAUGUUCCGCAACACAUUGACUACAUUGAGCCGCUCCACGCAAGCUAUUCACAAGCCCUUGACUGCCCCCACUGCCAACGGCGUUCGAUUCUAUCACGAAAAGGUCAUUAACCAUUUCGAAAAACCUCGCAACGUGGGCUCUUUCUCCAAGAGCGAAAAGGGAGUUGGCACUGGUUUGGUGGGUGCACCUGCUUGUGGUGAUGUCAUGAAGCUCCAAAUCAAGGUAGACGAGGAGUCCGGCAAGAUCGUCGAUGUCAAGUUCAAGACGUUUGGCUGUGGCUCGGCCAUUGCUUCGUCUAGCUUCAUGACAGAGCGUGUCCGUGGACUGACGCUUGAUCAGGCAGGUCAAAUCAAGAACACUGAAAUUGCCAAGGAGCUGUCGUUGCCACCGGUCAAGUUGCAUUGCUCCAUGCUUGCUGAAGAUGCGAUCAAAUCAGCCAUCAAGGACUACAAGAGCAAGCGAGUAAGUGCAGCAUCAGCAGCUGCAGCUACAACGGGAGGUUCAUCGUCUGCCCAGCAAGCUACGGCUUAAAGUCCCUUUUCAUUCAUUAUGUCCCACACCCUUUCCCUGCUUACCCACCCGCUUAUCGUUUUCCCACAAGAGGAGAAUCACACGCACACACACACAUACGCUUCUUCCUUUCUUCCACAUAAAACGACUCACCUCACCUUGAACAAGAAACCCAUUUUCAUAUUAGUUUAUACAUAACACCCAUCCACUCCCAGCAUGGCUACUAUAUUCUGUGUAUCAUUUUGCGUCAUCUGCCCCCCCCCUUUUCUUUUUCUUCUUUUUCUCUUCUCUUGGUCAGCUUGGUCAAGGAUCAGCAGAGAGAGAGAGAGAGAGAGAGAAACAAAAAAGAACUCUGUACCUACCCUCUCCCUUCACCCUCUCGCUUCGUAAAUAAAGCA